AGUUAGCUGAUCCUGUCCUGACAUGCCUGAGCUGAGCUGAGAGAGGUAAACUGAAACUGUCCCUGUAUUGGAAGAAAAUUGGUUAUAAUGAUGGCUUCUUUUCUAAAGACAAUCUUUCUUGGGAGUGUGAUGUUCUUGGUAGUUGCAACACUACCCUUAGCUUCUAGUAAGGGAGCAUUUAGAGCCAUGUUCCAUCCUGAUCCGCCAGCUUAUGCUCAGAGGUCGAAGGUCGAUCCCGGCGAGCCUUUGUUUUUAACACCAUACAUCGAGUCUGGAAGGAUAGCUGAAGGUCAGAAACUGAGUCGUGUUGGACCUUUAGUUGGUACUACAAUUGAAAGUUAUUCAGGAUUUCUGACUGUCAACAGCACCUACAACAGUUCAAUGUUCUUCUGGUUUUUCCCUGCACAGAACAAUGAUUCCUCAGCUCCUGUGUUGCUAUGGCUACAAGGAGGCCCAGGUGGUUCCUCCCUUUUUGGACUCUUUGCCGAGAAUGGUCCUCUUACUGUAACUAAAGACCUAAAAUUGCAGCCGAGGCAAUGGGCAUGGACUCGAAAGUACUCUAUGCUCUACAUAGAUAAUCCAGUAGGUACAGGCUUUAGUUUCACUGACAGUGAUAGUGGAUAUGCAAACAACCAAGAUGAUGUAGCAGUCAAUCUGUAUCAGUGCUUUGACCAGUUUUUCCAGCUUUUUCCUCAGUAUCAGAAGAAUGAGUUCUAUGCAACAGGAGAGUCAUACGCAGGGAAGUAUGUACCAGCCAUUUGUUAUAAGAUCCACACUGAGAACCCUAAGGCAAAGGUUUAUAUCAAUCUUCAAGGAAUGGCAAUUGGAGACGGCCUCGUUGACCCCUACUCGAUGUUUCCAGGUUAUGGUGACCUAAUGUACCAGACCGGUCAGAUUGAUCUGAAGCAGAAGGAUGUUGUUGACCUCUAUACCUACAAAGGAUCAGAGUUUAUCAACCAGGGAAAAUGGUUGGAAUGUUUUCAGCAAUUUGACAUACUGCUGAAUGGAGACCUUUUUCCGUACCCUACAUUCUAUUACAAUGCAACAGGUUCAAAUAACUACUACAACUUCAUGAUGACAACACUUCCUGCAGACACAAACUACUACAAUAACUACCUAGCUCUUCCAGAGGUCAGACGAGCCAUCCAUGUUGGGAACCUGACCUAUAACGAUGGUAAUAAGGUUGAGGAACACCUUAGAGAGGAUAUAUGCAAGAGUGUUAAAGACUGGACUUCAGUCUUGGCUAAUAAUUACAGGUGUUUGUUCUAUAGUGGUCAGCUUGACAUCAUCGUAGGAGCAACGCUGACUGAGAACUUUCUUCAAAACUUAACUUGGAGCGGAGAGUAUGGCUACCGUAACUCAGACAAGAUUGUCUGGAAGGUCAAUCCUGAUGACACAGAGGUAGCAGGUUAUGUCAGGCAGUAUAAAGACUUUUAUCAGGUGAUUGUUCGAGGUGGUGGGCACCUUCUACCCCAUGAUCAACCAGAAAGGAGUUUUGAUAUGAUUGACAGAUUCAUCAAUAAACUACAAUAUAACAAGUAAACUAUGAUGAUAGAUAAAGGAUUUCAGGUAUAUAGGGCUUUCAUCUUCAGCAAGUACAUUUAUGAUAAUAGCCAAUGUUUUCUUGUUUUAUUGGUGGUCUCAAGGAACAAUUUUCUCCUCAGGAAUUUUAAAAACUUAAUACUUUUACCAAAAAUUUCCAUAAAUUCUAUUAAAGUGUGCACAAAAUGAUUCAUUUUCACUUUAGGAAAUGCAAAAGCUCUCCAUGACAAGAUUGAUUUCUUUUUCUCUUCCACUUUUGAGUUUCUUUGCAAAAUUUUAAAGUAUCUUGCCCCCCCCUUCCCCCACCAUUGCAGAAAAAAAAUUGUGUUUGACCAUGAGCGAGAGCUUUGUAAUAUGUAAGCACGUGCAUUGUUGAACUUCCAGAAUUAACAAAAAUUAACUGCCACAUGUUAUAAUUUCACAUUAUACAGUGCUAUUUAAAGCAUUUUUUCCCUCAUUAAAUGACACCCACAUGGAAAGUACCGCAAUGUUUUAUCUCAGUCCAAUAAUGUAUGGCACAAAAUCAUGCUUUGAAUCUUUUUUCCUGGUAAAAAAUGUUUCGGGACAUUAUUGAUGGAAAGGUCCAUGUCAUUUUUUUUUAUCUAUGCAGCUAAGAUAAAUAACUAAUAUCAUGUUUGCUCAUGAUAUUCAUGAAUAAGAACGGUUGUUUAUAUAACUGUUUAUAAUAGGAAAAUAAUCUGAUAAAAAUGAAUUGGCAAUAAAAUAUUGAAUAUAUGUUGAUGGUAAAUAUGACAUUUAUGUCUUGUUUGCUCUUGGAAUGUGUGAGUAAAAGUUAUUUCUGUUUCUGUGAUUUCGACAAUCAAAAUGUGAUAAAUCAUGUAUUGAACAAAAAUAGAAAAAAUUUGUUAUGACAAAUCUUACAUGUAUUUUAUAAGAGGAGGCUUGUUCAGAUAUGAUGCAAGAAAGCUAAGUAGGGCAAUUCCAUACGUGUCGUUCGGAACAUUUCGAAACAAUUUCUAGUCUCUUAGGUGUAUGCAUGAGCAAUAAUUCUUUUUCUUGUCACUGAUAAAGUUAUAGUGAGUAGUCAUGUGAAAGUGAUAACCCAAUUUUUUUUUAUUAUAGGGGAAUUAAAGGUGAAAAUGGCGUGUGUUGUAUGGGACUAAGAAAUGCCCUGUACAACAAGCAACAAUUUCACCUCUAAUUCACCCAAGGACAACAUAUUUUUGUUGGUUGUCAUUUUUUACAUGCCUACCUAGUAGUACUUUAUUAUUACCACAAAGCAAAGUGAAGUUCCUCAUUUGUUUGGACAGCAGGUUGAAUAGUUUUGUGAAAAUGGCUGAUUUUUCCAGCAUGGAAUCGCCCAGUAACAGAGUAUAUUAGCAUUUUUAUGUCCAAAGACAAUAGGAUAUGAGUGGUUUUAAAAACAGUUGCAAAGGCAUGAGACUUUUUUUGUUGCAAGGUGCCUCAACCUCUUAAACAUGUAGCCCAAUUUAUUUGUUUUCCAAAGUAAAGGCAAAUAGAACACAAAUGAGCAGUGAGGUAAUCUGUUAUUAAUUGCAUGGACAAGCUGUGACAUCAUUCAACAUGACUCAGGAUAUUGAAUCAUGAAAUUAUAUAAAAGGAGUAAUAACAAUAUGACAAUUUUUUUUUACCUGGAGCAUGUAAUGUUCAUUUAUAGGUCUAUAUGUGAGGCUAUAUAUUCAACAAGUCUGGACAAUUGUAUCAAAUGUUGCUGAGGUUUGCCAUAUCAUACCUGAAAAGAGACUUAAUUGCCAUGUUUACUAUAGAGAUAUAGGCUUUAAAUGCCAUUUAAUAUUCUAAGUGUGCAAAAGUAGAAACAAAGACUGUAUGAUGAAAUCAGGAACUGAAAAUAUUUUUCUAAAUAUGUACAUGAAUUUUAUCUCUUUGUUUCAUAGAUUUGUCAGUGUGUGUAUUUGUCAUAUGUAAUUGAAUCAAAAUUCAACUCUGUAUUAAAUGCAUUCUUUUUGAAAGAGCCAUUAUCUUGUGCUAGAUAUUCUUAAUGAAAUGAUGUGGAAUAAAAUGGAAGGAUGAUUCAUAUACAA